CUAUUCCAGGCUUCAUCAGAGUAUCUUAAUGUUUGGAAAGUUCUGAGACCCACCCUCGUGGACUACUUGUAACCAGUGCCUGAGACUACAAAAACGUAUGUGUGGAAGAACCUUUCUGUGAAGGAAGCAUCCAUCUCAAUAUUGUGGAAACUCUGUGCAAGCCUUGCAAGGCGAGAGAGCAAUUUGUGCUUCCGUUGACACUCGUGUGUAAUCUCUGAUUCUUAUGCACUCCAGCACCCCUAUCAGUUCCUUGUUCUCCUUUACCAGCCCUGCAGUGAAAAGGCUGCUGGGCUGGAAACAAGGAGAUGAAGAGGAAAAGUGGGCAGAAAAAGCUGUUGAUUCCUUGGUGAAGAAGUUAAAGAAGAAAAAAGGUGCCAUGGAAGAACUGGAAAGGGCUCUGAGCUGCCCUGGUCAGCCCAGUAAAUGUGUCACGAUCCCACGUUCCUUGGAUGGUCGGCUGCAGGUGUCUCAUCGCAAGGGUCUUCCCCACGUUAUAUACUGCAGAGUGUGGCGCUGGCCUGAUUUACAAUCUCACCAUGAGCUGAAACCACUGGAAUGUUGUGAGUUCCCAUUUGGCUCAAAACAGAAAGAAGUAUGCAUUAACCCCUACCAUUACCGGCGGGUGGAAACCCCAGUCCUACCUCCUGUACUUGUUCCAAGACACAGCGAGUUUAACCCUCACCUCAGCCUCCUUGCCAAGUUUCGAAACACUUCUCUGCACAGUGAGCCGCUGAUGCCGCACAAUGCCACCUAUCCUGAUUCUUUCCAGCAUCCUCCAUGCACUCCUUUUCCAUCAUCACCCAGCCACAUGUUCUCUCAGUCGCCUAACAGCAUCAGCUAUCCCAACUCACCAGGAAGCUCUUCUGGACCAGGAAGUCCCUAUCAGCUCACAGUGGAAACUCCACCUCCACCUUACCAUGCAAGAGAACCUCCAGGAACCCACAAUGGGCGGUCAAUGGAUGCAAUAGCUGAAAGUCAGCUAGCGCUGUCUUUGCCCAAUGGAGGCAAAUCUGCUGACGGAGAAGCUGAAAACUUUCGGCCUGUUUGCUAUGAGGAACCGCAACACUGGUGCUCAGUUGCCUAUUAUGAACUCAACAACCGGGUAGGAGAGACUUUCCAAGCUUCGUCUCGAAGUAUCCUCAUAGAUGGAUUUACAGAUCCCUCAAAUAACAAAAACAGGUUCUGCCUGGGACUGCUCUCAAAUGUAAACCGCAACUCUACUAUAGAGAACACCAGGAGACACAUAGGAAAAGGUGUUCAUCUUUACUACGUUGGUGGGGAAGUUUAUGCUGAAUGUGUCAGUGACAGCAGUAUUUUUGUGCAAAGCCGUAACUGUAACUACCAGCAUGGUUUCCACCCAGCCACUGUCUGCAAGAUCCCCAGUGGCUGCAGCCUCAAGAUCUUCAACAACCAGCUUUUUGCCCAGCUGCUGGCCCAGUCAGUAAAUCAUGGUUUCGAAGUGGUGUAUGAGCUGACCAAGAUGUGUACUAUUCGAAUGAGCUUUGUUAAAGGCUGGGGAGCAGAGUAUCAUCGCCAAGAUGUUACAAGCACGCCCUGUUGGAUUGAGAUCCACCUGCAUGGACCAUUGCAAUGGCUGGAUAAGGUGCUGACACAGAUGGGCUCACCUCAUAACCCCAUCUCCUCAGUCUCUUAAGAAUCAUCUCUAGAAUUCCCUUAGGAUGGAUGCUAUUGCAGGCAGUGGCUUAUAGGAUUUCCAGUGAACAGAAACUUCUAUAUGUAGAUGUAUGUAGAUGUAAAUAUAUCUAUACAUAGUCUAUGCUCCUUUUUUUAUUUCCAUGCUAUUUUGUGGUUUCUAGUUACUCCGAUGCCAGUACAGUAAGUUUAGAAGUUCAGGUAUAGCAUAUCUGUUCUCUAGUGCAAAAUAAGCCAAAUUUCCUGCAAAAGUGUCAAACAUUUCCUGUGAGCAUCUUCAUUCCCCAGCCAAGCCAGUAAACGGUGCAAAUUGUCAGCACUUUCAUGCAGAUUCAGAAACCUGGCUGUAGCUGUUCCUAGUAGGUGAAAUUCACCCCUCUGCAGGCAAACAAAGUCAGAUCUCUGCACCAUUCAUAUCCAUUUUUACAUCCUAAGGUCUAAAAGAGGACCUUAGGUGGUGCACAGGACUUAUGCAUAGAGAUGACUUUCAUCCAGUGAACUGAAGGACUAAACUGCAAUUCCAGUCUGUCUCCCUACUGCAAAGCACAAUGGGACAACAGAUCCUCUGAGGAGCCCUGGGGUAUCCCUGUCUCCUGUAGGAUUUGGCAGGAAGAGAGGGGCCUCUGGACGCGUUCAGCACUGGAGCUUUAUUGGAGCAUUCUGGACACAUCCAAGUAGUCUGAUACUUUUAACACAGUAGUGUAUGGUACUGCUGCACCGAAAAGCAACAAGCUUCUAAGGAAAAAAAAAAGAAAGAAAAUUUGAAAUAUAUGCCUGUAAGUUUAAAAACCAGUUAACUUCAGUGCUUUUUUGCAAAGUACAUACUUGCAUAUGUUUCCGGCAUGUAAACUGAAUCCUAUCCAUUAUACAGUAUUGAUGUAGCUUGUUUUAAAGUUAGGACUGUCUGUAGUUAGACUACUGUGCUGAUAUCAAGUGUAUGUCUGAAAGGGACUUGAACUGUGAUUCAGAAAAGAGAAAUGAAGUGUGCAUCGAAGAACUGAGUAAUUACUGUAUCAUUCAUCUUGGGAUAGUCUCUGUACUGGGAACAAGAAGCCCCACGCUCAGGAUGCAAUGAGGAGGAGGUGGGAGUCAGCCACCUCCACCCCAGUGCUGGGCCAGUCCUUAGGAUCUGACUGCAAUGCUCAGGUUUGAUGGAGAGGGCUUCCCUGGCAGUCACUUCACACAUCCCCAUGGAUGGUUCCUCCUCUUAGAUACAGGCUUCAGCAUUUGUAGCACUUUUGCCUCGCCGCAGAGGAUGAUAUGGUAGUAUAAGCCACAACCAAGCCAAGAGUGAAUCUAUGUGCAGAACCUUUCUUAAAAGGUUUAUGGUCUUUCUGUAAGCAGGGAAACCUAUUGCCCUCACUUGCAUCCACAGAGCCCGCCUUGCAAAAUGCUGUUCACUUGGUAACUGUUUCUGAGGAGGCAGGUGAUACUCUUAUUACGUUUUGAUGGUCCUCACUACCUUGCUUAAGGGGUAGAGGGUUAUUUAUUUCCAGGCAUAACAGUUCACUGAAAAUUAUUUUGCUUUAAGGGUCAGAAAGAGCGAUAACUUCUCCAGUCUUAUUCCUCCUUAGAACGUACCAGAAAUAUCCUGAGGAAAAAAAAAACCCAAACAAACGUUUUACAGAAUGUUUCUUUUCUUCUCACACAAUAUCUGGUGCUACACAUUUUACUGUAUAAUUACAAGAGGAUGCCUGAAAUCAUAUAAUCACAUAAUGCAAAGGAAAUAUCAUUCACUAGAAAGACUUCCCAUAUGUUUUAGAUGCUUUGUAAUACCUGUUACGGUGGUAAUUAUGAACAGAGCAGAAGAAUCAGUAAACUAGCAAAGUUACUUCAUUUAAUGAAUCUUCAGCUGCCUGCCGAAUUUGUAGGGCACAGAGGAUACAUUAUUGAGUCUGAGCAGUAAUAGCAAGUUUUAUAGGAAAUCUGUAAAUACAAAGAACCCUAUUCUGUCACCAUUUGAGAUCACCAGUGUCACUGUGAGAUAGAAAAGCUUUCCAGUCUCUUGCAGCAAUGAAUUCCCAUAAUAAUGUUACACAGAAAUUCCAGGUGUGCCAUUUAUGAUUUAGCAGACUUGAAAGAGAUCAGUAAGGAAAAACGAUGUUUUCCUCAGCUCCCUCUGUCAUCAGUGUCACUAUAUUGAAGUACUGGUAAUACAUUUUUAAGCAUAUUAUUGCACCUUUUCUCCUGUAACUUCUCUGUGCUUUUCAUGUUGCUUAUCCCUUUGCUUUCUUGGCACCUAAGGACAGAGAAAAUCACCUCUCCUGUCUAGGAUCUAGCUCUGUCAUUUAUCCUAGAUUCUUCCUUGCCUUUUAGGCUGAAACCUCCUUCCCUCUUAGUACAGACAGAAGCUGAUGGGUUGCUUUUAGACAUUCCUAGCAUUGUCAUCUUCCUCACAGAUAGCAAAGGGAGAUGUUCUGAGGCGCAUCUGCUCUUGGGCAGCUCCUGCCAUUGGCAGUUUCCUGCCAACGCAGAAAAUUGGAUGGCCAGUAAAGAGAAGCAGAUUCCUGUGGGGCAUCAUUCAUUUCAUCAUAAGGCAGGUAUUUCAAGUAGGUGAAAAAUACUUCUCUCUGGACAUGCUUAUGUCUUCCCCUUUGAGUGUUAGGGGAACUGAGGGUCACUCAACUCAAAUGUGGACUGCUACAUUGGACAUAGCCACAAGCAGGUGAGUGCACCCAAGGGAAGGUGUGGUGGCUUUCUCAGCAUAGUGAUACUUGCUUGGUAAAUGUCUGUGUUUCUUAAAUGGAAGUUGGUAAAUUCAGAGCAUUUUUUUAAUUUCCUGUAUGUCUACAUUUAUAGUAAUCCUCGCGCCAAUAGGAUUUGGCUUUAAUGCAGUCCAUACCUGCAUCUUAUUAAAGGUAGUCACCUUAAUACUCUCUUACUAGUAAGUAAAGAGGCAUUUCUGGAGCAUUAUUCUUCUGUCCUAUUUAAAAUAUUUGCAUUAGGAUGAGAUGAAUUUCACCAAAUUUAACUAUUUGCUGGAAGUUGGACUGAAGUACCUGAUUCUGGGCAAUCCAGGCCAACAGCCAUCUAAGAGUUGUUAGCUUUUGGGAAGGCUGAUACCACUGUGUGAACUUCCCAUUUUGGUGGCUUCUAGGGGCUUUGUUCACUGUAUGAGAUGCUGUACAAACACACAGCAGCUGACAGCUCCUUCCCAAGGGAAGGGAAGAGCUCAUCACAAGGGAGAAGUGAUAGCAGUAGAUGAGGCAAACACGUAAAUAGGAAGAUGACCCCUGCCCAGAUACAGUGAUAAAGACUAUAAUCCAUUUAUUCCCCUUUCUUUUUGAACAAAGUUUCUGCUUCAGACUUCUCUAGUAUAUGUGAAUUGAGCUCAGUUAAAAAUUCCGGUUUCACAUCAUUUACAGCAGUGUAACUUUGAAUCUCACUUGAAUGUCUCCCCAUUUUGGAAGGCAACAUUUUCUGCUGAAAGGUCUUCAUGAACCUAUCAACCUGUAGUCAAUUUAAAGCCUUUAAAUGUACUCAUUAAUACUCAAGCUUUGGAGAUAGUCUUCCUGAGAGAUUUAAAACCACUUACAGGGAGACUGCUUAGUUGAAGGCAGAGGUUUUUAAAUGUUUUUUGAGCCAUCAGUGGUUCAAACCGUCUUGAAGGUUUCUGUGGAGAAGUACCAUGCGUCAGCAGGCAGUGGUGGGAGUUUGAUCAGCAGAGGCAUAAAGCAUGUUCAUUGUGGUACAGAGACUACUUGUUUUCCUAUUAUCUGGUCAAGAGAAGUAGGCUGCUUAAUUGCUGCCAGUUGUACAGCAGCACCAGUAUUAAUGUGCUAUUUGCAUUCAGAGGUGAUGGUAGCAAAUCCAGCACGCUGGCUGCGUGGAGCCAUUCUGUGGCACUCCUGCUUGAAUGGCUUAGCCCCAUGACCUUGCACUGUAGCAGCUGAUCAGGUACCGUAAGCAAUGAUUGUAGCAUUCAGAUGUGCAGCACGUGCUUUGCCUCUCCAUCAGAGGCUAUGCCACAAGUGUCUACACCUCAUGAAAAAGUUUUGCCUUCCUGAUAAUGUAUCAGAAACACAAAGGGGAACUGUGGCCCCAACUAGCAUCAAGUGGAGUUGAGGAAAUUCCUUCAAUGUCUCCCUCAGGUACUGAGUCGAGACUUUCACUGCCCUGAGCAGCCUUCUCUGAGUGGUCCUGGCCUUCAGAGAUCACUUCCAGUUCACAUUGUUAUGUGGGCUCUGCAGAGAUUCAGUGAUAACUGGUUGCCACAGGCAGAGAUCUCUGUUAGAAGAACAGUUUCAGGAUGAAGCAUGUUUAUCCUCAGCUAUUUUUGCAUGAGUUCAGUACAGGACAAAGUUAUGAGGUAUUAAUGUUCCCUUAGCAUAAAAUCAACACUGCAAACAUCUCCCACUGUAAAUAUCAUCUGUACCACAGAACUCUUAAAAUGGAGAAAAUCAGAUGUUUGUGACUGUAACUAUCUAAUCUGCCCUUGUUCUUUCUGGCUUACAGUGCUCACCUUUUCUUAUAAGCUCUAUGA